CCGAAAUCCAAGCCCAGGCCCGAGUCCAAAUCCAUCUCAACCCUGGAGUCGGAGAUCGCAGCCACAGAAGCAAAGCUUGCAGCGACACUGUCGCGUCUGUCGGAGGCACGUGCAAGAAACGACGAAGCCCAUCCGGCUUGCAGCCUCGCUCUAGCAUCGUCAUCAUCACCGACAACAACCACAACAAGUACAAGAAGGACUACCGCUGUUCCUACAGCUCCUUCUACGGGCAAAGGACAGGCCAUAGACGGCGCGAGCCUCUCACUUGCCCAUGAUCGCCAACAACAGCAACAGCAACAGCAACAGGAACAGGAACUACUCUCGCACGCGCAGGGGAUCUUCGAGGGCCACAUCGCGCUGCUGAAGCGGUACAAUUCGACCAAAGACAUCGCGAUGGGCAUGCUAUCGUUGAUCGCAGACAGACAAGGGAAGCGCCUGGCAGAAAUCUUGUUGGAGCGGGGGGUUGGACGAGGAGACUGA